CGGUAACUGACAGUAAAUCCAGAAGAGAGACGUGGAGUUAACUUGAGCAAGCUAUGUAUCUAAUAGAGAAAUGACACGUUAAUUGGAGUGGAUAUGGAUUGUAGUCCGAAGUUAUGGAGAGCACAACCAAAGCUGGUGUAUCGAUCGUUUGAAGAGGCGACGUCAGUUCCACAGAUUAGAAACGUGAUUUGAUCCGUCAGAAACCGGUCCACCAAAAUGCCUGGAAACAUGUCACCGGUACCCGUCCUGCCGCUGGCUAUCAACUGUCUCAUGUCUGCACUGGGCUGUAUAGCCACAAUGAAACUCAUCCCUACUUUCAAAGACCAUUUCAUCUCAGCCAGACUGUACGGGAUGGACAUGAACAAAACAUCCAAAAAGGAAGUCCCAGAGUCGCAAGGUGUCAUCAGCGGGACAGUGUUCCUCAUCAUCCUCUUCUGCUUCAUCCCAGUGCCUUUCCUUAGCUGUUUUGUAGGAGAUCAGUGCACAGGCUUCCCACACGAUGAGUUUGUCCAGCUGAUCGGUGCACUGCUGGCCAUCUGCUGCAUGAUCUUCCUGGGCUUCGCUGACGAUGUGCUGAACCUGCGGUGGAGACACAAGCUGCUGCUUCCCACCAUGGCUUCCCUGCCGCUACUCAUGGUCUACUUCACCAACUUUGGCAACACGGUCAUCGUGGUGCCCAAGCCCUUCAGAGCUUUAUUGGGGCUGCACUUGGAUCUGGGUAUCCUCUACUACGUCUACAUGGGCAUGCUUGCAGUAUUCUGCACCAAUGCCAUCAACAUCCUAGCAGGCAUCAACGGCAUCGAGUCAGGUCAAGCUCUGUUUAUAUCUGGCUCCAUCAUCAUCUUCAACCUGCUGGAGCUAAGUGGAGAUUACCGCGAUGACCAUGUCUUCUCCCUGUAUUUCAUGAUACCGUUCUUCUUCACCACAUUAGCACUUUUUUACCACAACUGGUAUCCCUCAUCUGUGUUUGUGGGAGACACUUUCUGCUACUUUGCCGGGAUGACCUUUGCCGUAGUUGGCAUCCUGGGACACUUCAGCAAAACGAUGCUGCUCUUCUUCAUUCCUCAGGUGGUCAACUUUGUCUACUCCCUGCCUCAGCUCUUCCACGUGAUCCCCUGUCCGAGACACCGGCUCCCCAGACUGAAUCCAGACACGGGAAAACUGGGAAUGAGCUACUCCAAAUUCAAAAGAAAGGACCUUUCUAAAUUAGGAGACCUCAUUUUGAAGGGAGCAGAGUUAAUAAAGCUGCUUGAAGUGCGAAGGGGCCAGGAGGGAGAUGAUGAUUUUAUUGAGUGCAACAACAUGACCUUAAUUAAUCUGGUGCUGAAAUUACUAGGGCCCAUCCAUGAGCGGAAUCUGACAGUCAUCAUGCUUAUCAUACAGGUGAUGGGCAGCGCAGUGGCUUUCGGAAUCCGCUACCACCUGGUGCGUCUCUUCUACGACGUCUAGAUGGUCCUGCAACAGCCCAGAGAGGAGACGGACCGACAGAAUAUAAAGAUGUUGUUAUGGGAUUAUUUUUACUGGUUUACGGUUGAUCUGCCUUUUCAUAGAUUCCAUUACCUCACCAUUGUUUUUCUGCCCCGGACUUUACCCACAGUAAGGACUCUGUGAGAGUUUUAAAGCAGUAUUUCACUUUGGCAGAACAUUUUCACUUUGAAGCAUGCACCGCCCCCAGAGGAUCUGCUGUCACCAUCAGUUCACUUUUUGGUCUGUGUUUUCCUCUGUUUAACCCUGGAUAUCAUGACUUAAAUUAAAUUAUUAUGGGAAAGUAGGACACCUGGCAGAAACAGAGUGUCUGAGGCUACAUUACCUUGUGUGGCUCCAUUGAAAGUGUAUUUGUAUAUCAGGUGUUUAUGAUGAAAGUGAGUAUGUGGGGUGACAACCACCAUCUGCGACUGACCGUCUGAACAGAGGUGCUGCAGAAGUAUGAAAAUGUUCGCUCAGUGAUUCAUUGCUUUAACUCUGCUCUUUCAAAAUAAAUGACAUGGGGAAAACAUUUGUACUCACAUUUCAUUUACUGGAUCAUCAGUUCAUGCAGCAUUUUUAGUCAUGAAUAUUUACAUUGCCUUUUAAAUGAAAUAUUGAGCACAGUGUGGUCAUCAUAUCAUGGACACAAAGGAAGGAAGCCAUUCUCAAUCUGAAGUGUAAACAGGUCAAGACAGGGAAUAUUAGAGGUGAUAAACUGAGAUUAGCAUCUAGGGUUUUCUGGGUGGAAAAAAAAUAAAUUCCAGGGAAGGUGUAAGCUGAAAACAAUAGGACAGUCUUUAGUGAUAACUGUUUCCUACCUUUUUUUUGGUAUUAUAUGUGUAUUUUUAUGAAAAAAAUUUACUUAGACUGAAAAGGAAUAUGCCUUUUUCCUUAAAAAAAAA